UCGAGCUGUACAGUCGUGCUUUGCCCCGGCCACGCAACUUACUGUUUGUGCCACGCCAUCCGACUUACGAUUGGCGAGAUAGCUGACUGGGAUCUCAGGAACGUUGCUAAUGACCGACGCUCUGAUACCGUCAUCUUGAUGUGGCUUCGAGCAUCCGCCUGCGGAAGAGGGUGUGAGACUCUUGGGCUAUAUUACUUGCCUGCCUUCAGUCUGCUUUCAUUCCUUCCCGUCAACACAGCAGCUGCCCCCUUGACUUCCCGUCCUGCCUUCUCCUGUCCCAUUCAGUAUGUCGGGGAUUCCACCAGCCGGGGAGCAAAGUCGUUCUUCGACGUCUUCUGCCGACAAGCAAGAGCUGACCUCUAGCGCAGGUGUCUCUCGCACACCAAGCCAAACAUCUGCGGACGAUGGUGGCUUCUUUGCCGCCGCUCGACUGGCUGUCAAGAACCGGCAUGACAUUCGCACCGCUCCUGGCACAAACUUCAGUGAUGAGAAGGUAGCUGCGUACUGGAAGAACGUCUAUGAUGAGAGCAAGUACGAGGGCCGUCAUCGCUUUGAUCCAGACUUUACUUGGACCGAAGAGGAGGAAAAGGCCCUUGUAAGGAAGCUCGAUGUACGGAUCAUGUUGUUCGUAUGGGUGAUGUUCAUCGCCCUCGACUUGAUACGACGCAACAUCAACCGUGUUCUGCCAGACAAUUUCCUCAAGGAUGUCGGUAUGACCCAGAACGAUUUCAACAAUGGGCAAAUCAUCUACUUUGCCAGCUUCUUAUUUAUGGAACUACCUUCCGGUCUGAUCUCAAAAAAGCUUGGGGCCGACGUCUGGAUUCCGAUACAGAUUAUCUCUUGGUCCGCUAUUUGUUCGGCGCAGUUCGCCAUCACCAGUCGCACGGGCUUCUUCGUCACUCGUUGGCUCCUUGGCGCUGCUCAGGGAGGCUUCAUCCCUGACAUGUGCCUCUAUCUGAGUUACUUCUACACAGCCAAGGAGCUCAAUGCCCGCCUGAGCUGGUUUUACACGGUACUCGGCAUGAGCCAGAUCAUCGGCAGCUUCUUGGCCGUCGGCUUCAUUGAAUUGGGAGGCAUCCAUGGACAUUACGGCUGGCAAUGGCUUUUCGCCCUCGAAGGUCUUAUCUCGGGUAUCGUGGGUGUGUUGGCCUUCUUCCUUAUGCCUCCGAGUGUGACGAGCACCAAGGGCGUUGUCCGUGGGAAGUCGGGUUGGUUCAACGAGCGAGAAGAGUACAUUGCUGUCAAUCGCGUCCUCCGCGAUGACCCUACCAAGGGAGAGAUGCACAACCGUCAGGGAGUGGGGGCGUACAGCCUCUGGAAAGCCAUCAGCGAGAAGGACCUGUGGCCUAUCUACCUGCUGGGACUGGUCAUCUACAUUCCCUACCAGCCACCACAGACGUAUCUCUCGGCCACUCUGAAGCAGCUCGGCUUCUCUACCAUCAACUCGAACCUGCUGGCCAUCCCUUCGCAAGCCCUCUUUGUUAUCAAUUGUCUCUGGCUGCCAUGGCUCACCAGGCGCUUCAACGAGUACAGCAUCCUGUCGUCCAUCUCCAAUAUCUGGACACUCCCGCUACUGAUUGCCUUGGUCACCAUCCCUGCAUCAUUGUCAUCCUACUGGUCUUGGGUACGCUUUGCGCUCCUCACCCUGAUCUCUGCCUUUCCCUACUGCCAUCCUGCCGUCAUCUCCUGGCUGUCGCAGAAUUGCCACAGUGUGCGGAAUCGCGCUGUUUCAGUCUGCCUAUACAACAUGUCCUACCAGGUCGGCUCGAUUGUCGCAACCCAGAUCUACCGCUCAGGAGAUGCGCCAUACUACCGCCGGGGAACGUGGGGGUUGAUUGCCAUUUCCGCCUGGGCUAUCAUGCAGUGCUGGCUCACCAAGCUGUACUACAUUUACCGCAACCGGCAAAAGGAGGCCGAGUGGAAGAGGCUCACACCUGAUGAGCGCGUAGAGUAUACUGUGACCAACAAGGAGCAGGGAACGAGCCGGCUAGACACGCGAUUCGUUCACUGAUCCAGCUCUUGAGUGCGGGGCCGAUGCCCUUGGAGGGACUGCCGUGGAGGACCAAUGUACAGUAGUAGCCUGCUUGCUAACACUCUCAUGAUACUAGUCCUCGUCGACGAGAAAC